GAAGUGAUCCUCUAUCUACCCUAAAGAGAGAGAGAGGGAGUCAGAGAAACCCUAGGUAAGAAGCAAAGAUGCCGGCUGGUCAUGGUUUGAGAUCCCGCACCAGAGAUUCCUUCUCUCGUCCUUUCAGGAAGAAGGGAACCAUCGCCCUCACCACAUACCUGAGAACCUACCACGUCGGCGAUUAUGUUGACGUCAAGGUUAACGGUGCCGUUCACAAGGGAAUGCCCCACAAGUUCUACCAUGGCCGCACCGGACGCGUCUGGAAUGUCACCAAACGUGCUGUUGGCGUCGAAGUCAACAAGCAGGUUGGCAACAGAAUUAUAAGGAAGAGGAUUCAUGUGCGGGUAGAGCAUGUUAUGCCUUCAAGGUGCACUGAGGAGUUCCGCCUCAGGAAGAUUAAGAAUGAUCAGCUAAAGGCCGAAGCCAAGGUCAAGGGUGAGAAGAUCAGCACCAAGAGACAGCCUCAGGGUCCCAAACCCGGUUUCAUGGUGGAGGGUGCGACCCUUGAGACAGUUACCCCCAUCCCAUAUGACGUUGUCAAUGACCUCAAGGGAGGUUAUUAGUUUGUCUACCUGUUUGAUUGUUGGUUUCAGUAGUUUUUUGUUUUGAGUUUUUUGUCCCUUUUUGGUUGAAAAGGCCAUUACUUAUGAACAAACGAGACUAUUAAGUUUUGUUUUAUUUUCUUUUGCUUAUCUACAUACAAUGAUAUGUUUUAUUUAGCUCUUCGUGAAUGUGUUUUACAGCGUUAUUCCUUA